AUGCGUCGGUUGCUGUGUAUUAUUUUUUAUAUUUGUUAUGUUGAAUGCAAGUUAUGGCCGAGAGGGGUUGUGCAUUAUGCUAUUAAUAAAAAGGAUUAUGAUCCUCAUUCCCGAGAUAUAAUAGCGAGUACGUUUGAGCAGCUCGAGCGAGAGGUUUGCGUGAAAUUCUUCAAUACUCCGCUAAACUUUAACGCUACAAACGAUGACAAAAUAUUAUAUAUUUCCAACCCUGAUAAGAGGAAGGAUUGUCCCCCAGUAGACUAUAAUUAUGAUAAAAAUAUUGUGGAUAUGCAAAUCGGUUACAAGUGUUUGAACGAGCACGAUAUAGCUCGCAUUGUUCUGGACAUGCUGCGAGCGAGCGUCGUCAAAACAGAAAAACCUAAUAGCAACGAUUUAUUACGAAGAUUCCAAGAAGUGAAACAAUCCAACGCAGAAACAUUGCUGUCGGCGGCCGACAGGAACUUCAUAAACGGACAUUAUUUAGAGGAAUGUGAGAAUUUGGUCAAGAAACCAGUGGACACCCGUCGGUCCACCACGUGGACGAUGGAGGUGUCAGCUAAUAACGAAAAAUAUUACGAAGACAAAAUCUGGCCGUUCGGUAUUGUUAUGUACGGGUGUGAUCCAAAUAUUUUAUCUCUGCCGGAGUACAGCAAAUUAAGCUAUGCCAUGAUGGUCAUCGAGCUCGCUAGCUGUGUAGUAUUCAAGUCUUUUGCGGUGAAGGACCCGCUGCAGCCUAAGAACUUACUCUGGUUCGGUUUACAAGGCGAAGAGAUGCCACACCUCGGCUUUAUGGAAGGAAACCAGACACUAUCUAUAUCGCACAUGGCGUACGGUGCGCCGGGACAUUCGGCGCAUACUCUGAAUGCUCUAAUGAGAGUCCUCGGCAUCCCAAUGAUGUCUAACCGGUACGACAGAGAUAACUACGUCACCAUCAACUGGAAAAAUGUUGCCAUGAUGUCUGAACAUUACUUGGAGCGAGUCUCGGAGGACGCAUGGCUCCGUAACACGGAGGGCGAAGGUGCCCCGUACGACUAUGACAGCGUGACGCACGCUCCAGCCAAUUUUAUGUGUGCGGACUGCUCGUUGGGAGAACAAACUGUGACACCAGUACAGGACCAUCUGUGGCAACGGACUCUGUCUAUGGGCCAUCACACAGAACUGAGCGCCGUCGACAAGGAAACUAUAGCACUACUGUACAAUAAAGAGUGUCAAAAACGUAUCGCGUCUGAUUAUAAGAAAUAA